AUGAACUCCAAUAUUCUGAAAUUAUUACAACGGACUAGUAAAAGAUUUGUCUCGUCAAAGGAUUUUGAACCUGUGAUAGGGUCUAAUCCGAAAAAGCAAACGUCUAGACUAGUGGUCGGUUCUGUUGGUGUUAUGAUUCCAGUUCUACUUUAUCUUUUCUAUAAGAACAAUAGCAAUCAUAGCGAAAUUAAGAAGAUAUACCAAAAUGAGAAAAAAAUUUAG